GUACGGUAACACCGAUUUUCUGUAAUGCAUCAUCGAUAUACUAUCGAUUGCUGAGUAGUGCAAAAAAGUGGGCAAAAAAGGUGCAAUGUUUAGCGUUUAAAUGCGUUAAGUUGCAUUGCGGACGACAACAACAACAACAGCAGCAGCAUUGUAAUGCCGGUCAAAUUGAUAUAAUUGAUUUUCGGGCAGCGCAACAACAACAAAAACAAACAAACAAGUAAUCCCUGCAUACAUAUACACAUAACACACACACACGCACAGCCACUAACACAAAGGACGCGAACCGAAAAAGGAAAAACAAACACAAAGGAAAAAAGGGAAAAGAGAGCGCAGCUUUUCCAGAAAUUGGGUCAUUUGUUGUUGUUGUUGCUGUUGCUGGUGAUUUUCAAACGAAUUUCAUUUGUUGCUGUCGUCGUCGUCGUGUGCUUAUUGUUUUUGUUGUGAUGGUUGUGGACGUUGUUGUUGCUGGCAGCUAAAUGUUAUGGCAACACUUGCAACCUGCAUUUGUGUGGAGUGAGGAGUGGAAAGCGAAAGGAUAAUAAGGAAAUCGGAGAGGAAGCCCUAUUUUUCCACCAGAAAAUCCUGCCACAAUUAAUGCAACUCUACACUCGUGCGCUUGUGUUGAGUGAGUCAACAUAGUAGCUUGAGAUCAAAGGAUACCACUGCUGCAGCCAGCCAGCCAGGAGCAGAAGCAGGAGCCUUGAAAAGCUGUUCAGCCUGAGAACCCGAUCCCGAAGACUAUAGACAAAUAAUAGCAGCAGAUUCCGUGCGAAAUGAGCGUGGUGGGCAAGCAACUGAAUCCGGUGCAGUCGUCGAGUGCGGGCGCAGUGACCACGUCGUCCUCCUCGGCCGCAGGAUCCUCUUCAUCGGGCGGUGGAGGAGUGGAGGCCAACGGCGGCAGUGGAGGAUCGUCGGGAGCUGCGGCAGCCGGCGGCGGUGCCUCCAAUGACGCCAAACGACCGGCGGAGCCGUCCAGCGUGAGUCCCGAUGAGGUGCUCCACCUGACCAAGAUCACGGACGACUAUCUCUGCUCCGCCAAUGCAAAUGUGUUCGAGAUUGACUUCACGCGAUUCAAGAUCCGUGACCUGGAGAGCGGUGCCGUGCUCUUCGAGAUCGCCAAGCCGCCGAGCGAACAAUAUCCGGACGGACUGUCCGUGGAGGAAACCAUGCUGGCGGCAGCCGAGGAACUGUCGCUGGAGGACACUGCCGAUCCAAAUGCCGGACGCUAUGUGCGCUAUCAGUUCACACCGGCAUUUCUCAACCUCAAAACAGUGGGAGCCACUGUGGAAUUCACUGUGGGCAGCCAGCCUGUUAAUAAUUUCCGUAUGAUCGAACGCCACUUCUUCCGCGAUCGCCUGCUUAAGACAUUUGACUUUGAGUUCGGCUACUGCAUUCCAUAUUCGAAGAAUACGUGUGAGCACAUCUACGAGUUUCCUAACCUUCCACCCGACCUAGUUGCUGAGAUGAUAUCGAGCCCCUUUGAGACGCGCUCGGACAGCUUUUACUUUGUGGAAAACCGACUCGUCAUGCACAACAAAGCCGACUACGCCUACGAUGGCGGCAUUAUAGUCUAGAAAUCCAACUAAAGUGGAACUACAACUAGAGCAAAACUAAUAACUAAAGAACUAGAAACUAAAGAUGCUGUGAGACAAAAUCAAUGACUUGUCACACACACUCCCACACACA